CUGUAAACACUUUUCGCUUCUUGGGCUUUUGAUGGUUAUGGUCAGUCUGCACGGAUCACACACGCAUGGAUAUUGACAGAUUAGAACUAAAUUUCUAUAUAAUCGGUGAAUUUUUACAAAAAUUUUAAAUACAAAAACACAGUCUACAGUAUUUUAACAAAAUGGUGUUGUCGUGUCGUUAUUACAAGGCGAAAUAUCCGGAGGUCGAGGAUGUUGUUAUGGUCAACGUUCGGAGUAUCGCCGAAAUGGGAGCAUACGUUCAUUUAUUGGAAUACAAUAAUAUCGAGGGUAUGAUUUUGCUCUCGGAAUUGUCGAGAAGACGUAUUCGUUCCAUUAAUAAAUUAAUUAGAGUAGGAAAAACUGAGCCCGUCGUCGUCAUUCGAGUCGACAAGGAAAAAGGUUAUAUUGAUUUGAGUAAGCGACGAGUUUCCGCGGAGGACGUGGAAAAAUGUACAGAACGAUAUGCAAAAGCAAAAGCUGUGAAUUCAAUUCUUCGACACGUGGCGGAAUUAUUGCACUACGAAAAUGACGAGCAAUUGGAGGAACUCUAUCAAAAAACCGCCUGGUAUUUUGAGGAGAAAUACAAAAAGCAAAAAGCCUCUGCUUACGAUUUCUUCAAGCAAUCAGUCCUAGAUCCGUCAAUUUUGGCUGAAUGCGGCUUGGACGACGAGACAAAGGAGGUGUUAUUAAAUAAUAUUAAAAGAAAAUUAACGUCGCAGGCGGUGAAAAUUCGCGCUGACAUUGAAUGCGCUUGUUAUUCGUACGAGGGAAUCGAUGCAGUUAAAGCGGCACUAAAAUCCGGUUUGGCGCUUUCCACCGAGGAACUUCCGAUUAAAAUCAAUUUAAUUGCUCCACCACUUUAUGUAAUGACGACGAGUACACCGGAAAAGCAAGACGGUCUAAAGGCCCUCAACGAUGCCAUUGAAGUCAUUAAGGAAAAAAUAACAACACUUGGAGGCGUUUUUGCAAUUCAAAUGGCUCCGAAGGUCGUGACCGCGACGGACGAGGCGGAACUCCAGCGACAAAUGGAGAGGGCGGAGAUGGAAAAUGCCGAAGUCGCUGGCGACGACGACGAGGAGGAAGUUGAGGGCAUGGGCGACUUUAGCGGCGGCGAGGACGACAAUGAGAACGCGGAUUCACAGAAGGAGGAGGAUUAGAUAAAAAAAAAGGAGGAAAAUUAUUUUAUUAUUUUUUUUUGUUUAUACAAUUUUUCCCCGGCAUUUUAAUAUUGAUGAAAAAAAAACAAAAAAAUGAAACGACAACCACCAAUAUUUGUAUUAAGCAAUUUUUUCAGAUAUAUAAUUC